UGAACACCUGUAAAUCAUAAGGAAAAACAUCAAAACAUACAAACCCGAGGAGAGAGCACUCGUUAUAUAAAAGAUAGAACCAAUUUACGUAUCUCAACUACAUAACUCAAUACGCAACCAAAAAUCAUGGGUAAAACAAAACGCAACCAACAAAAAAACCCCAACGAAUCGAUACCAGAUAAAAAUGAUUCAGCAAUUUCCUUAUAUCAUUAUUUGAAUAAGUUUAAUUGGAAGAAUGAAAAGAAACUUGCAUGUCAAAACUUUUCCACAACCGGAAGAGGACUUUGCUCUAAAACGAACAUUCUUCCAGGAGAUGUCAUUAUCAGACUUCCUCUUGAAGCAAUGAUUACUCUGGCAACUUUGGAAAAUGACCAAAACUUUCGAGAGCUAAACGAAGAACUUGUCAACUCAAAAACCACAAUUUCGUUCCAAAGCUUAUUAACUUUGUACAUUUUGAUGCAAAAACAUGCGACCGAUUCUCCAUUUGAAUUGUAUAUCAAAUCGAUUCCUUCUAAAUUUUCAACUCCAUACUUUUGCUCUAGCAAUGAGCUCUACUUCCUUCCGGAAAUUGUCUUGCAACAAUCUGUUGAACAAAAUAAGAAAAUUCGUGAGUCUUACAAAGCCUUGCAAGAUGCCUUUGGCGAUAAAACUUGUCCCUGUUGUGGGCUGGCUUACUUUAAGGAAGUCUUCAAACCGGAAGAUUUCAAAUGGGCAUAUUUUGCUGUAAAUUCUCGGAGUGUAUUCGUUAAUAACUAUGAAAUUCAGCCUCUGGUAAAGUCUACUCCUUGGUGUAAGAAUAUCCUGAGUGAUAAACCAGAAAUGGCACUUGCUCCAUUCUUAGAUUUGUUUAAUCACUCAGACACUGCUUCAACCGAGCCACAAAUUGAAAAAGAAGGAAAUCAAUCGGUUUAUCAAUUGACUACCAAAAAUACUUAUGAACCCUAUGAGCAAAUAUUCAUAAGCUAUGGCAAUUUGACUAAUCUCAAGUUAUUCACUGAGUAUGGAUUCUCUCUAGAAAAUAAUUUAAAUGAUUAUUUUGAAAUAACUCUAAAUGAUAUAGAAGCUUUGAUAAGAACGGAACGUAAGGGAUUCUUUGUUCAUAGUAAUAAAUUCAAAUUUAUUCGAGAUCAUAAUUUAAAUGAUACAAUGUUUAUUCAUGCCAAUGAUGGUUUAUCACAUAAUUUGCAAGUUGUACUUUAUUUGAUAUUUAAAGAGGGAUCACAUUUUCCCAAUGUUCUUAAUCAAACCGCUUUUGGUUCGACGGUGGUUUUUGAAGAAUCAAUUGGAGAUGAAGCGAAAGCAUUAUGUUUGUUUAAAAUUAAAGAAUAUCAAGGUUUUGUUGAUGGUUUGAUGAAAUUGAAUGAAUUGUCAUGCAGUGGAGAGGCUGCUGUUGUGUUUUUGAAACAUUCAAUUACAUAUCUUCAGACAUAUUUGGAUAAAUUUGUUUAAGCAGUUAUGCUUUUUGGCUAACACUUUGAAGUUCAAACAUAAUAAAAAUACUGUUAAUAUUUUUUAUAUUAAUUUUAAUUUUAAA